CUAUUCUAUUAUCUUUUCCUUCUUUCUUAGGCCGAAAGGCGAAACUGAAAAGCCCUCCUUUUUUUUUAUGCAUUUUAUUUCACCCGUUUGCUUCUUUCGAAACCCUCUAACCUCCAAACAGCGAUACUGUACACUCAUUCGUUUCUUGUUCUAUUCUAUUAUCUUUUCCUUCUUUCUUUCUUUAUUAAAGCCGAAAGCCGACUCAUACGAGUUACAUCCUUUUUUUUUUGGUUUGGAAUUUUGGAAUUUAAUUUUGAUUUCCUUCACUCGGGCGAUGGACACAACAUCUGCAGCGGCAACAGCAGCAACGUUCAAAAUCGUCAGGGUCCUUGCUUCUUCUACCACCCGCAGAACAGCGAAGCCAACAACUUUGAUUUCUCCAGGGGCCUCCACCAGGCCAGGUAUGCUCGCUCUCUGUACCUGCGGCAUCACCGGCACUGGUACUGUGUUUCUUCGCCAGAAGUGCCCAAGUCCUAUACCUAGAAAUGGUUUUCCCUAUCUCACUCGUUGCUCAAGAAAACUAGACAUUGGCAAUGAUAACACAAAUGACAGGAACCCAACUAUCGAUACAAGUUCCACUUCAACUACCCAACAACCCUCAACCCCCACACAGAUCCAAACACCUACUUCCUCUUCAUCCUCUACUGGGUUGGUGUUUGAUUUGGGUUCUAACAGCUGCUGGGACAGCCGCGAGGUUGGAUCUCUUGUCUUGAAAAGAUAUCUCAGUGACGAUGCAGAGCGGUGGUAUAUGUGGUACCAUGGGAGCUCGGAUGAUAACCCCACCUCCGGUUCUAUUGGGUUGGCAGUAUCGGGCAAUGGUAUUCAUUGGGAGAGAGGUACGGGGCAUGUUCGAUCGAGCACCGACGCAGGGAUGGUAAUGAACUGCAGCAACGAUUGGUGGGCCUUUGACACUGCGUGCAUCAGACCUUCCGAAGUUGUGAUCAUGUCCAGUACAAAAGUCAGAGGAUCAAAUGCUGUCUACUGGCUCUAUUACACUGGAUUUAAUUCUGAGAAGGUGGACUUUUCUGUCGCUCCGGGAAUCACUGUAGAAAACCCAGAAAGAGUCUACAAAAAUGACAACGAAGAUACCCAAGGCAGCAUUCUCAAGUCAUUGCCAGGCCUAGCAAUCAGUCAAGAUGGCCGUCACUGGGCUCGGAUUGAAGGGGAACACCACAGUGGUGCUCUUUUUGACGUUGGAUCUGGUGUGGAGUGGGAUUCUCUUUUUGUUGCCACACCUCGGGUUGUUUUUCACAGCAAUGGUGAUCUAAGAAUGUAUUAUCACUCGUUUGAUGCGGGAUGUGGACAUUUUGCAGUAGGCAUUGCGAGGUCGAGGGAUGGGAUUAGGUGGGUGAAAUUGGGGAAGAUCAUGGGAGGAGGAUUGGAUGGGUCUUUUGAUGAGUGUGGUGUCAUAAAUGCACAUGUUGUACGAAACCGGAGGGAUGGGGGAUAUCUGAUGGCAUAUGAAGGAAUUGCUGCAGAUGGGCAGAGGAGUAUUGGUUUGGCAGUGUCUCCAGAUGGAUUGAAGGAUUGGAGGAGGUGUGGAGAGGAUGCCGUUCUGAAGCCAUCCGCUGAUGAAGAUGGAUGGGAUAACAAAGGGGUUGGAUCCCCAUGUCUGGUGCAGCUGGAGGGCAGCCCUGAUGAGUGGAGGUUGUAUUACAGAGGUGUUGGGAAAGGGGGGAGAACAGGAAUAGGUAUGGCGGUUUCUGAUGGCAGUGAAGCUAGAAAUUUUAAAAGAUGGACAGGAUUUCAUGUGUAAGCCAUAUUAGUUGAAGAUUUUGUUUUUUUUUCUCUAUAUAAAACUUAAAACAGAAAUUGUUAAAUUGGUUUAACCAAAAUUAGUUAACUGCUUACACAAUUGGUUGUCUUGCUUAUUAAGUGGCUAUUUGUAAUUGCACAUUUUUUAGCUUCCUGAAACUUGUACACCCCACAAGUUCAUAUAUAAACAAAUUGAUGAACUUCAGCUUUGAA